AGAGGGCAUGCGUACGCGCAAUCUAAUCUCAUUCAAGGCACCACGUGCGUGAUCGAUUAUCAGGAUUCAGAACCUCUGCCUCCGCCACACUCUCCUCGUGUUCGCGUGGUUAAUUAAGAAUCACGUUGACUAACUCUCAAAGAAGGCGGCGUCUUUCGAUUCCUUCGACCUGACCCUUUAAUUUCUACAUCUGUGUGUCGACUAUGGACUCAAUUAACAAGUGGGCGGCAGGGUCUGCUUAUGGACCAGUGCUUUCGCAAACAGAUUUGUAUCUUCUCCAGUCGGAUCUACUGCUCAAUCCAAUUCUUGCCGGUUCAAAUUCUGAUUUCCAUCUCCUAUUCAACAUUGCCACAGGCCAAACCGGCGGAUUCAACCCUGACGCAAGGGAUAGAGACUUGGCUUUCACUGCUAAAGAUGAACCUGCUACCCUGCCACGAGUUAGCCAGCUUAUUAUCAUUACUGAGAUAUCGCCAUGGUGUACAAUCGUGAAGAACGAGCGAGGUGUUAAUCUUGGAGAUGUUUGUUCGCAGAUCUGGAAAGAUUACUCCGAUCACCAUGUCACCGACGCUGAGUUCGCGUCGCUACCUCCACGACUUCAAGACCAAGUAAAACGUACUGCUACAAUGAGAGGGACGGGAGGAAACUGGUCAGCGUAUUACACACCUGCAGCACCACCUGCGAGGUUCAAACGAUUCGACUGGCUUCGCGAGCGGACUUUCUUUGAUAGGCUGCAACGGAAAGACACGUAUGCAGCUCAAAGACUCGGUUUCAAGGCUCCAAAUAUUUUUGUGAUGGAGUUGACAGCAUGAGAGGCGCUGAUAGUUUGGUAUACUUUUUGUUCGGUGUUCGACAUUGUACUUGCAUACGCUAUGUCUGUCUGUACUUAUAUGAUCCUUGUUAUAUGUAAUGAUUUGUGAAUACCCAUCCUCUUCAGAGUCAAUGUGUACAUCAUAUCUAA